UCAUAAGACUCAUAAGGCAGAUCCCGGAAGCUUUUAGUGCUUACGCGUCUUGUCGCGCCCGUGACCUGAGGUAUCAGCAUGGCUAGUCCGGCGCCCGCUCUCUGCCUCUUCGACGUGGACGGGACCCUCACCGCCCCGCGACAGAAAAUCACUAAAGAAAUGGAUGACUUUCUGCAAAAAUUGAGGCAGAAGAUAAAAAUUGGAGUAGUUGGAGGCUCAGACUUUGACAAAGUGCAAGAGCAACUGGGAGACAAUGUGCUUGAAAAAUAUGAUUACGUCUUUCCAGAAAAUGGUUUGGUAGCAUACAAAGAUGGCAAAUUUCUGUGUAAGCAGAAUAUUCAGGGUCAUUUGGGUGAAGAGCUAAUCCAAGAUUUAAUCAACUAUUGUCUCAGUUACAUUGCCAAGAUUAAGCUGCCAAAGAAGAGGGGCACUUUCAUUGAAUUUCGGAAUGGAAUGUUAAAUGUAUCCCCUAUUGGAAGAAGCUGCAGCCAUGAAGAACGACUUGAAUUUUAUGAACUGGAUAAAAAAGAAAAUAUAAGGCAGAAAUUUGUGACUGAUCUGCAGAAAACAUUUGAAGGAAAGGGUCUUACAUUUUCUAUAGGAGGCCAAAUAAGCUUUGACGUGUUUCCUAAUGGAUGGGAUAAGAGGUACUGUCUGAGACUUGUUGAAAACGAUGGCUAUAAGACAAUUUAUUUCUUUGGAGAUAAAACGAUGCCAGGUGGAAAUGACUAUGAAAUCUACACAGAUUCCCGAACAGUAGGCUAUUCAGUGACGAGCCCAGAGGACACACAAAGAAUUUGUGAGAAGCUUUUCUUGUAGUCUUCCAUUUCUUGGCCAUAAAGAGUGAAAGAAAAAAAAAGUCAUCUCAAAACUAGAGAAAUUAACAAGCCUCAAAGACUUGAUACAUCACCAUUUCAAACUCAAGAAAUGCUCCCCUGCCCACCUCCAAUUCAGACAUCACGGGGUCUUAGAGCAUGUGUUGAAUUACUGUGAGCAGUGGUCUGUACCCUCAGUAAAGAAGUAGAAACAUAUCUUCACUCCUAAAUCAAAGUUAGAGCCUAUCUUUCUUCUUUGUAUCUGGAAAAACUGAAGACACAGAAGAGUUCUUGAUUUGUGGAUCCUAAGGCAACAGUUGACUCAAAGGAACAUCCAAAGACACUAUUCUCUCCAUUUUUCAAGGAGAAACUAAGCAUAAUCAUGGUAUACACAUUUAUCUUUGGGGGGAAGUUCUUAUAAUGGAAAGGAAAAGUGAAAAUUUAGCUACAAGGGACAAACAGGGAUUCUGUGACAGAAAGAUUUUUAUGCCUUCCCAGAUUUUGUGCAUAUAAUUUGACCUCCAAAACAGCAACAUAGCAUUUCUUAUAUGAAAAAUUAUGCAGUUUGAAACUUAAGCCCACCAUUCACCAAAUGGAAGCUGCUCCUACUGACUUUGGGCUUUUAAUGAAGGCUCCUUGUUUUGCCAAAACUUUAUUAUGAAACUCACAUCCCUGUGAUUAGUGCUUUAUUCAGAUUGAAUGACUCUGCUCUCUUCUUAACCCCCAUUUCUUUUUGAGAAGCUGAUUUUGUAUGACUAGCUAGAUGACAGCCCCUAGAAAACCUAUCCUUUGGCUCACUACUGUUGGAAACUUGGGAAUUGAUUUCUGUUUGAACAGUGCAGCUAGUUCAUCCACUGUAUAACGAUCACAUCUGUCACUCACUGCCUUUGAUGGAUGAGUAUGGAAAACAUCUGACUAGCACAUGGUUAGUGAGGCCGGAAUAACCUUCCACGAUCCUGGCCUAAUGGGAGCUUCAGUUUACAAAAUCUGAGCUGGUCUCUUGAGUAUCCUAAAACAAAACAGUUCUAGAACUCUUCCCCAGUCAUCAAGAACCAUGUUGUUCUUGGCUAGGCUGUUUAAGAAAUACUCUAAAUUAACUAUCUACCUCCUAGCUAUUUUAAAGGUAAAGUUUAAAAAAAGAAAACCUAACUAAUAAGUUAGCAAUAUAAAGUUUCUCAUCCUCUCUACCAUUAUUUAUUUAUUAAUUAAAAAGAUCAACUAUUGAUUAAUCCUCAUUAGAAUUGAAUAUUGGUUUAGAAGAAAUGAGAACAUCUGUGGUUUCACUUCUUUUAUUUAGUUACUUCAGUAUUUCCUUAUUUGAAUUUUGGAUUAAAAAAUGGAACAAAAUCAGAAACAUUUUUUGUCCAUUUUGUAACAACAAUUUCUCAAGAAAGAUAAUCUUUCCAGUGAGGCAAUUAUAAAAAAAACAAACAAACAAACCCUCACUCCUUCUUUGCGGUUGAUAGAAUGAAAGGAUAGGUGACCAUAAGGGCAGCACUUGUAGCUAGGCUUUACUAACAGGACUUUGUACUAAUUAAUUGAGACUUUCUCUUGACUGGCUUCCUCUCCAGUGCCAGCAUUGGUAAAACUUUUGAAGUGGCCCACAGCAUGCAAGCAAACACAAGAGAGGAAGACUAAGCCCUGCCUAUCUCCCCCUUCUGAGUUAGACUGGGGCUAAUAUUAGGAGUGACACCCCAGGUCCUAGGCACUGAUCUGGGGAAAAGAUUGGGGAUGGAAACGAUAAAUGUUAUCUGCUCUCACCCAAAGUGUUGCACAUGGCAUUUCUUAUUAGUAACUUUCAGAAAACGUGACCAAUCUAAGGCUUGUUUUCUUUAACAUUGAAAAUGAAAUAAUGUACAAAAAGAUUU